GCAGGUCAAUUUGGACAUCAACAUGGUUGUGAAUUGUAUAAGGUUUUGGCUCUGUAUAUAUGCUUUCAUCUGACAGAUAAACCCACAAACUCUACCCUACUUGUCUACCACCAUGAGCGUCUUUUAUCACGAGGAUCCACCACCAAAUUCUUCCAAGAUAUCCAAAUUUCUCUCUGCAGCUUUGAAGGAUGCUUUCUGCAACUGCCAUAAUUUUGGUGGACGGCUUCCGACUGCAGUCCGGGAAGAGGAGUAUCCGACAAGUGACUUUGAUGAUGAACAAGAGGUAGUUGUUUCAGCCAUUAGAAGCGGAGCAAUGGAGAAACUUCGACACAGGCCUAGCCUUUUGACGGAUAGCUUUUCCUGGGUGUACUAUCCGAGGACCGGAGAAUUGUACAUGACUCCCAAGGCAGCCAAAGGAAAAGAGAAUUAUGAUGGUGAUGAAGAUGAGGAUGAUGAUGAAAGAGAAGAAUUUGUGUCUGCUGCAAGUUAUUUCUCCUGCUGUUCCAGUGCUGUGAGUAGGGAACCUUUCUAUUCCGUGAAGACCAACUUUUCACGUAGUUCAAGCUUGAAUGGGAUUGAUCUUCCAGAGUUUUGGAGGCGCUCGAUAAUACAGGAGCUGUGCCAUUGUGAGGGCUGGCCAUUUGGUCUCUGCAGGAAGGCUGUGCUGCUUCCACCCCUACCUAAAUCUCCCUCUGAAUCCUGGUCAUGGCGUAAAGGCACUAGAAUUCUUAAGAUGCCUUGAUUUUCUAAGUUAAUCUCUAUCACUCUCUCCUACCACUUUUUCUUUCUUUUCAUUUCUUUUCUUUGGGCAAAGGGUUCAAAAGAGUGACAGAAUAAAGGGAGAGGGUUUACAGUUAAAUUUUCUUAUUCUUUUUUGACAUUUCUCAAUCCUUUUGGAAUGAUCCAGUGAAAAUAUCAUUGCGUGCAAGCGAAAUUCAUUCC